AAAAUGGUUGAAGCUAAUACAGAGGCGACCGGUGUUCUGGACAAGGGGAAUAGUUCAACAUCAAAAUUUGAUGGAAAUAGUGGCCAGAAACUAGCGUGUGGAAUUAUCGCGAGAUCAUCAGGAGUCUUCGAAAAUACGAAAAGAAUUUGUGCCUGCGAUGGGACGACCCUGUGGGAUGAGCGAGAUGAGUCUAAACAAAAAGGUUCAUUCAAAAAUACUUUCAUAUAUCCAGGGUGUGGUAAUAAUCUUUAAAUUCGACUCAGAGUGGAUAGUGCACUUUUUAAAUAAUAAUAAAUUUAUUUCUGUAUGCAGGUCAUGUAAAAGUCAUAUAAUUUCAUAAUAUUCCUGAUGAAACAUU